AUGAACCCUCUCAAAGGCACAUAUCUUUCCAGACGGUUGUCCUCUUUCUACCUUUCUGUGUCUGCUAGACAUUCACGAUGCAAUUCUACGUCGGCUACUCCACCUGCAGACGGACACUUGCCUUCGGUGGCAUCAUCUGAGAUCCUCAGAACUAAGCGUGAGGCUGGUCUGCGUACUCCUGGAAUUAAGUGGGCAGAUGAAGAUUCCUCUGCCCCGACGCGCAUCAUUGUUGGAGGUCGCGAAACGCGCAAGAUGAACACAUAUCAGGCAAUCCGAGAUGCGAUGAGCAUUGCUCUAGCAAAGGACGAGAGCACCGUCGUUUUCGGAGAAGAUGUUGCCUUUGGGGGUGUCUUUAGAUGCACGAUGGGUCUUGCAGAGGAAUUUGGCAAAGAACGUGUUUUUAAUACCCCACUGACCGAACAAGGCAUUGCAGGCUUUGGAAUUGGCCUUGCACUGAUGGGUCAUACUGCCAUUGCCGAAAUACAGUUUGCGGAUUACAUACUGCCCGCUUUCGAUCAGAUUGUCAAUGAAGCUGCAAAGAUCAGGUAUCGCUCUGGUGGGGGCUAUAACGCUGGUGGGCUCACUAUUCGAACGCCCACCAUGUCUGUGGGACAUGGAGCUUUGUACCAUUCACAAUCACCGGAAGGUUUCUUUAUGGGAGCAUCUGGGCUAAAAGUCGUAAUUCCGCGCUCUCCUAUACAAGCUAAAGGGCUUCUUUUAAGCUCUAUCCGUGAUCCCAAUCCGGUUAUCUUCAUGGAGCCCAAAAUUUUGUAUCGUUCUGCUGUCGAGCAAGUUCCCAUCGAUGAUUAUGAACUCCCCCUUGGAGAAGCGGAGGUACUCAUUCCGGGAUCUGAUUUAACCCUUUUGACUUGGGGAACUCCCGUGUACCAUUGUGAAACCGCCCUUCACCUUCUGCAAUCCCCGCCACCGGAAUUGCAACCUGUCAUUCCUGCUUCAUUGCGUAGCGCCAACAUUGAACUCAUAGAUUUGCGUUCCAUUCUUCCCUGGGAUGUUAAAACUGUGGCAGAAAGUGUUAGUAGAACUGGCCGUUUGGUCAUUGUUCACGAGGCUGGUAUGACGGCUGGAGUUGGUGCUGAGAUAAGUGCAGAAAUUCAGAAGAGGUGCUUCCUGAAAUUGAAUGCACCAGUGAGAAGAGUCACCGGAUGGGACCUCCCUGUUGGGUUGCAAUAUGAGAAAUUUAACAUUCCAGAUGCCAUUCGCAUUCUCGAUGCAGUUGUAGAGACCUUGGCUUACUAG